AUGGGUCGAGCUCCAUGCUGCGACAAGGCCAAUGUAAAGAAGGGUCCAUGGUCACCUGAAGAAGAUGCAAAACUCAAGGCUUAUAUUGAGAAGUAUGGGACUGGAGGAAACUGGAUUGCUCUUCCACAGAAAAUUGGACUAAGGAGAUGCGGAAAGAGUUGCAGACUUAGAUGGUUGAAUUAUUUGAGACCCAACAUCAAACAUGGGGGAUUCUCUGAGGAGGAGGACAGCAUAAUCUGCAGCCUCUAUAUCAGUAUUGGCAGCAGGUGGUCCAUAAUUGCUGCCCAAUUGCCUGGGAGAACAGAUAAUGACAUCAAGAACUACUGGAACACCAGAUUGAAGAAGAAGCUGCUAGGAAGGCGAAAACAGUCUCACAGCACCCAGUCAUCUGCCUCCAGUGAGGACCUAAAAUAUGCGAACGGCGAAGAAGAAAGCUCACAGUCACAGGCCUUAAGCUCCUCCGCCCUCGAAAGACUGCAACUUCACAUGAAGCUUCAAAGCCUUCACAACACGUUCUCUUUCUACAACUACCCUGCACUCUGGCCCAAGCUGCAUCCCCUUCAUGAAAAGAUGAUCCAGAUCAUGCAGUCUAUGGAUCAAACCCCAAACCUUCCUCUUCAACCCGGACAUGUUCGAAAUAUGGGUUCAACCGCACUUCGACAAGAACAAGAGAAAAUAAACUGCAAAGAGGCAAAUGAACAAGAUAAUCCUUUAAAUGGGUUACUGCGCUCCGAGACCUACGAUUCUUCUGUUGACCGGUGCAGUUCGAUGGAUUCAACUAUGGUGCCAAAAUUAGAUACAGAGCAAACUGGCGGGGGAGUUCAGUUGGUUUCAAAAUUUCAAUUUGAGCUUGAUGACUUCCUUAAUAGUAAAGUAGACAAUUUGGAACAUGAUGCAACCGCUGAUUUUGAUCCUUUCAAGGAAAUGAAUGGCUCUAAAGACGGCCUGAAUUGGUGGUCAAACUGUUGGGAUUCAACUUCUGCUCUUCAGACAUCAGAGGAGAUGUUUCAAGAUGUGUUGGAUUACAAUCUGCUAUGA